CCCUUCCACACUACAUACAACCAACCAACCAACCCUGUGGACCGCUCACAAAACCCUACCAACUCUGCAAUCCUCGAAAAGCAACAGACACCCACCCCUCAGUCGUCACAGUCCGCGAUAUACAAAGACGGACAGACAGGCUACAGCCCCAGAGAUCGAAAGCUAUCCGCCAAGAUGUCAUCGACGAACCCGGACCCCUCCGCCGCGGCGCCCGCUUUCAUCCCCCUCGAGGCAAACCCGGAGCUCAUGACGUCGCUCCUGCACAAGCUCGGCCUCUCGCCCGCGCUCUCGGUCCACGACGUCUACUCCCUCACCGACCCAGACAUGCUCUCCUUCGUGCCCCGCCCCGCCCUCGCCGUCCUCCUCGUCUUCCCCGUCAGCGCCGCCUACGAGAGCCACCGCCUGGCGGAGGACUCGCUGCUGGACGAGUACAAAGGAAAAGGGCCGCAGGAGCCCGUCGUGUGGUUCCGCCAGACCAUCCGCAACGCCUGCGGGCUGAUGGGCCUGUUGCACGCCGUCGCGAACGGACCUGCUAGGGAGUACAUCCAAAAACCCUCGGACCUCGACACCCUCAUCGAGAACGCCGUGCCCCUCGACCCCGUCGCGCGCGCCCAGCUUCUCGAGAAGACGCCCUCCCUGGCGACGGCCCACCGCGAGGCCGCCUCGCAAGGCGCCACCGAGGCCCCCGAGGCCUCGGACGACGUCGAUCUACACUACGUCUGCUUCGUGCGCGGCGAGGACGGCACCCUAUGGGAGCUCGACGGCCGACGUAAGGGGCCCCUGAACCGCGGCCAGCUGGACGCCGGCGAGGACGUGCUGAGCGAGAAGGCGCUCACGUGGGGCCCGCGCAAGUUUCUCGAGAGGGAGGGCGCUGAUCUGCGGUUCAGCGCUGUUGCGCUGGCGGGAUCUCUUGAUUAGGCAAGGGUUUAAGUCUGGGUUGAAGCAACGCACUGAAAAAGUCGAGUAUGUAUUUCGGCGUUUGGGUUAUGGGGAAACACGGACACGUCAUGUACGACUUGGGCAUGACUUGAGGCAUUCUUGGUUGAGAUUCCUAGGGACUUAUUCUAGUACAGGGAGCAUGCUUAGGAAGGCUAUACGUAACAUGAGGGCGUGUCAGGGCUCCUGCUUGUUCUCCGUAACAAACCCACCAGAGCGGUCCAUCUACCUCCUGUCCGAACCCCAGAGUCGCUGUGGGGCUUCCUGCGACUGGGGCUUCUGCCACAGCUGGCUGUUCGAUUUCCGAUUGUCGUCACUUUGCCCCUCAGUCAGAGCGGAGCGAGGCACUUGAGGCUCAGGUGGGGGAAUUGUGACCUCGUCCUGAAUAUGCGGAUCGCACCCCAGACCGCGUUCUGAAGACGAAGUUAGCGUCGGGGAAAGGGGAACGUUUGCCUAGGAGGACGGCCACCUGCUUGCAGACACGAUCCGGUUGAACUCGGUAGACGACCUCCGGUGAGCCUGGGAGCUCGUAUCAGGGCCCCUGGCCAUGUCCAGGUUGGCGAGGACGAUGUUUUCAGGAAUCGAAUUGAACUCUGUCUUCGACUUCCGGUGGCUGCCCGCUUCCGCCCCCUCUGUCAUGAGAUCAAACUGGCUGCCAACAAUUUCUGACAAGAUCUGCGACUUGCCAUAGUCGUACGGCCUACUGUUCCCGAGAGGAAGCGAUGGGCUUCCCAGCGCGACAUCCCCGUGACCGCGGUCGCCCGGCGUUUCGGGUGCUUGCUCACUCACGCCAUGGUCCUCGACGAAGGUGAUGAAUUCGGAAAGCGCGUUCUCUCCGGUCGGCGUAGGGAGGGGCUUGCUAAACUCGGCAGUGGGAGGCAGCUGGCCGGUGGUCUUUGUGCUGGUUUUGUUUCUGGUGUCUUCGAUGAUGGGGGAGCCGUCGUGCUCGGUGAAGAAGGGAACCUAGCCCUGCGACUCGGGAGGCGGGCCGGGCGUGUCGGGUUCUUUCUGAGGCUUAGACAUAGUUGAUGGGCAAAUGACAGUUUGGUUCGGUCUUGCAGAAGGUUGUCGCUCUGUAGUAUAUGUUGAUGCUGGGAGCUCUAUAGCCUUGGCCGAGUUCGAGGGAGGGUGGAAUAUAGAUAUGCUCAGUAGCUGGGUUUUGCGGUGGUGGACUAGGCUACAGUUGAAAGGAGAGUGUCUGAAGCCAAGGUCGAGGACGAACGCGAACAAAAGGUCAAAACUGUUUAGGAAGGCAGUAGAUGUCCACACACUCCCAUGGCGAGUUUCUGCCUUUCUGAUGUGGCCAUUUUGCACUGGCGGGAAAGUACGUACGUGC